AUGAACAAAAUCAUUCUUGCACAUUCUGAGUUGUUAACAAGAUUAGCCGAUGAACUACCAUCAAAUAAGCAGCGACAAUCAUUGGUACAAGGUUUACUUAAUGCUUAUAAACUAGAUCAGCAAUGCGAAAUUUUGCCAAUAUCUCCAGUAGAGUGGACAUUAUUGGAGCAGUAUCAUGACAAAGAUUUCAUCAAGGAAUUGCAAAGACCUCGAAAUGACAUUGAUUCACAACUAGAGGAUUAUCGUGAGGUAAGAGAUUUCAUACGUGACCAGUUUGACGACGUCGAUGAAAGUGAAGAGGACUAUUCCGAGUUUAAUGCCGGGAAAUUCGGGCUAGAAUUUGAUUGCUACCCCUUUCCGUUUAUGCGUUACUAUGUCAAUCUAACUGCUGCUUCCACAAUUCAACUUGCAAAGAGGGUUGUAAAUUAUAGCAGGGAGAUUGAUUUUGGUGGAGUUAUAGGGAUUAAUUGGUAUGGAGGUCGGCACCAUUGUCAUCGCUCCAAAUGCUCGGGAUUUUGCUACAUAAACGAUAUUGUUCUUGGCAUAACUACAAUUCGCAAAAUGAGUGCUGGUGGCGUUUUUUAUCUCGACCUAGAUUUGCACAAUGGUGAUGGUGUAGCUGAGGCGUUCAAGUUUUCCAAAAAAGUAACCACAUGCUCGGUGCAUAGGUAUGACACCGGAUUCUUUCCUCAAGGGUCAGGGAAAUUAGAGCAAUCAGUUUCGGGUAUGUAUAAUGUACCCACGAAAAGGGGCUUGACCAAUGAUGAUAUGAUAUGGAUCAUUGAAAACAUCGUGCUUCAAUUGAUUCAUAGGCAUCAACCAAAGUAUUUGAUAGUGCAAUUAGGAUGCGAUGGACUAAACACAGAUCCCAACAACGAGUGGAACAUGACGAUAAAAGGGUACCUGGAGGCAAUACAGUUGUUGGUUAAGCGAGCGGGCUUACCAAUUAUGGUGUUUGGUGGUGGUGGGUACAACCACGCAGAAGUUGCUAGAUGUUGGACUUUUGUGACUGGCACUUUGUUGGGAUACAAUGCUGACAGUUUUGGGGAAAUUCCAGAAAAUGAGAAACUAGAUCAAUACGAGGCGGACAGCUAUCAAUUUUGGACAGACUCGAAUUUGCAACCUGGCAAAAUGAAGAAUGAAAAUGAUUUGAAUUACUUUCAACACGUGCAAGCGCAUUUGCUAUCACUAUAG